AUGUCAGCACCAGCACUUGUUGUCCUUCUAUGCCCUGAAACUUUGCUCUCAUGUUUCUCAUCAAGGCUGGGCACAUCAGAUAAUUUACUGAUUUCAAUUCAAGACAAGAUAAAAGGGGAAGACACGAUGAGUGAAUUGGACAAGAAACAUAAAAAAGAGAAUGAAGAAAGACUGGAAGAAGUCAAGAAUGCACUCUCUCUCAAGACACUCAAUCUUAUUUCACUACAUUUAAGAAUUGACCAAAAUAGUCCUUUUAACAUAAUAACAAAACUUUUCGUUCCUAUGCUUAGACAAGAAAAAACUCGCAGCAGCCUCCCUUCUUCUUCUCGUGCCUCCUCAGGCGAUUCCCGAUUACCUGCCGUCGAUAGCUCGCCGCUGACUUCUAUCGCCGGAUACCGUCACACCCAACAGCACCGGCGACCGUUGCAUACCACAGAUUCUAUUCGAUUCAGGUGCGAUUUUCUUUAUCCUGCUUUCGUUUAA